AUGCUGUUACAACGGAAAAUGGAGUUGCUCAGAUUAAAACUAACUGUAAAACGACAACAUAAUUUGAUUGAUGAACGAAAAAAGAUCGUCCGGAAGUUAUCAACCACAUUGUCAGAACUUCGUAAGCGCACUAAGCAUACAGCCUUGUUGUACAAAGAAGCCAACAAGUCUCUUUCUAAGGCUCAGCGUACAAAUGCUGCUUACCAGCGAAAAUUAGCUUCAGCACAAAAGCUGUAUUCUGAUGUGCUUAAUUCAGUGAAUCGUUCGACCGCUGACGUAAUUAAAACAGGUUUUGCACUUUCCUCUGUAAAUUUACGUAGAGAUCUUAUUGUAUUAUCUCUUGAUGUUCUGCAAAGAGCGAAAGUUGUUACAUGGUUCUUAGCUCAUUAUCGACUUGAUUCAACUACAAUAAAGUUCAAUGUAGAAAGUGUGAAGCCAUCACCUGUAGUGAAGAACAAUCCAGAUACAUUUGAUGAAUUGGAUCCAUUUCGUCCAAUAUGUCCGUUUUUUCUGGAUGGCGAGUGCUUGGAUAAAACAUGUAUAUAUCAACACUUGAAAGAUGUGACGAAUGUUACCAAAACAACAUCAAAAGGUUGUUUACGUAUACCCAUGAUAGAAAAUGUGAAUUAUGCACCACUGUUUGAUCAAGAAAAAAAGAGGAAAUAUGAUGAUAUAUAUUGUGAAUUAUGCAAAGAGAAUUUGGUUACAUCUUCAUCGGAUUCUUAUCAAAUACCAGCAUUGCAGCGUUGGCAUACAAAUUAUCUAGCAUACUUACGUUCAGAGCCCAAAAGCUUAUCAUUCCUUAAUAAAUUAUGUAGUGAUUCUGAGCAGUCUGUAUGUCCUGCAGACUUGUGUUCGCAUCAGGUGUUUGGGUUGUUGCUUUAUCCUAACCUGGAUCCCAUAACAACUAGUCAGAGAAUUUUCGAUCAUCUGAAAUCGUCGAAUUUCCCCUUAGAAGCCUGCAGAAUAGUAUUACGACAUCCUCGUAUUGGUAUACCUGUUCGAAGAUCAAUAAUUCAGUCAUCUAUUGAUUAUAUAACCUUACAAUUGCAGCAAGAUAUACACACAAGUCAAGAUUCCACUUUUGAGUCAUGUUUUAUAUAUUUUGUUUAUCAGAGAUGUCUUCUUGAACAAGAAAUCGGUCCAUCUGACAAAGUGGAAAGUAUAUUAGUGGAUAUUCUAAAAUCACUAUCUAAAGAAAGCAAAGUAAUUUUUGUGUUGUGGUGGUUACAAUUAUAUCAUCGUCUUAAUGGUACUUUGCCCCCCGAAGAUCUCUCCUCUACAGUCAAUAUUCCAUACUUCUCCAAAUCCGUUCUCUUAUCCAAUCAAGAGGUGAUUGAAAUCGCAGUCACCGAAACUGGUAUCUCUGAAAAUCUAUCUAGACUCUUGGAAUCAUUUUCAGACAAUAAUAAUAGUGCCGUUUUCACCUGCUUUUUACUUAUUACCCAUUUAUAUAUACAAACCCUUAAUGCAAGUUCCAAGUUUAAACUUGCUGCAGAUCUAGCACUGUCAGUAGCACUACAUUCUGUUGAAUUCAAAGACGAUUUAUUUUUCUCAUCCGCAGUGUAUUCUCUAUUUUGUUUGGAUCCUUCUCUGGACUGGACAACAAUGAUUGCUAGUGUAUCCGGUAGAUUACGGACAAAUAUUAAGUUGGCGCAUCGUAUAGAGUUUGGAUUCUUGAUAACAUGUUUGAAUUGGCGUAAAAAGUCAUUAAUUUCCAUGGAAUCUCAUCUUAUUGAAUGUUUAGGCAACUUAAUUUUUCUUCCCAAAGAUGAUAGUGAAAGUGUUAUUUCAGCAUAUGAAGAUUUACUGGACAUGAAAUCCAACAAUGCCAGUUUAACGAACCUGAAAUUAUGCCCACGAAGUUCUACGUAUUUAUGGCUUAG